GCAAAGCUCAAUUGCCAAGAUCACAGUGAGCAGAAUGGAUACAGAGAAGAAUGUGACUCUCAGAGAAGGAUUCCUGGUGAAAAGGGGUCAUUUUGUACAAAACUGGAAGGCUCGCUGGUUUGUGUUGAUGCCAGACAAACUGCUGUACUACAAGUACGAAGGAAGUAAAAGAGACUCCUGUCAGCGAGGGAAAAUCCUGCUGAAGGACUGUGUGAUAACUUCUCCUUUUCUGGAGUGUGAAAACCGACUGCUGGUGUUCAAGCUCCAGGCAAAGAAUGGCGUGGAUCAUUUUUUGGAGGCUUGUUCCCGUGAGGAGAGAGACGACUGGGCUGCUGACAUCACCGCUGCGGUGGAGAAGCUGGGGACGGCUGGAGGUGGGAAGGAGACGAACCAGGAAGACCCUGCUGGAUCCCAGUUACACGACAUCAAUCUGAGGUAGGCGUUACAAACACCUGCAGACAUCUUACUUUUCAAAGUGUUGGACGACAUGUAUGACGUCCACAGUGGCAUCACCAUGAGCAACCAUGUGGAUCAGGGCAUCAUGUACAGCAACUGUUUCUCAGGUUCAGCGGUGGUGGACUGGCUGGUGUUCAUGCAGCUGGCUCUGACCCGUGUGGAGUCCAUGACCUUGGCCUCGGCCCUGCUGGAGGAGGGUUUCCUGCGUCCCGUGGGUCAGAGGAGUGUGGAGGCUCUCCGCACCGCCGGCCUCAGUGAGCUGUUCAUGGACGACUCCACGGCACUCUACAGCUUUUCUGAAAACUUAAAGAAGAGAGGCAGCGUGAAGGCAGAGACGUCCCUGUCUGCCGUGGAGCUCAGUGGGAAAGUUGUCAGGAGAGGAUUUCUACUAAAACAGGGACACCGGAGGAAGAACUGGAAGGUGCGACUGUUUGUGCUGCGUUCAGAGCCGGCUUUCCUUCACUAUUAUGAUCCCACCAAGGAUGACAUCAGCCCAGCUGGCGGCUUCGCGCUGCGAUCCUGUCUGGUGUCUUCUCUGAACGAUAACGGAGUUCCCUCAGGUGUGAAAGGCAACAUUCAAGGCAACUUGUUUAAAAUCAUCACUCAGGCAAACACACAUUACUUCAUCCAGGCUCCGACCCACCAGGACAAGAUGGACUGGAUCGACGCCAUCAGAGAGAACAUAUAGAGCAGCGAGUCCAAACUCCACUUCACUUUGAGAGAGUUCAUGAAGAAGACUGAAUUUACACAUUCUGUGAAUGUAAACUGUAGCAACAAACUGGGUCCAGGAAAUUUAAAUGAAAGUGAUAGUGGUUAGAAAUAUUUCUGUUCAUUUAUUUUUUCCCAGUUUGAUUAUUUUGUAUUUUAAAGUUUGUUCAAGGUCCUAGCAGUCAUAGCAUUUUCUCUUAUAAUCAUUCAGUUUAAGUCACAAAAAGAUUUUUUCAUUAUGAAAC